CGUGUACACGCGGCGGUGUGUGUAAAGUGUCAUCAUCAUUUAGCACUCCUCACUCCUACUACCUGCUGGCAAACCAUGUAAUGAUCUUGUGAUAUGUACAACAUGGACGUUAGCCUGGAGCUGGAACGUCACUUUCUGCUGGACAACCACAGUUUCUCCAGCGGCUCCAGCGCCGAGCUGUUCCUGUGUGACGACGGCGAAGACUCCUGUCUCAGCGACUGCUCCUCUUACAGCUAUGCUAGCGACCAUGAGAACGGAGGACAAAGAAGAACGAGAAGACGAGGGAAAUGUCCUCAACAGCAAGUCCAGCAGAGGCAAGCCGCCAAUCUGCGAGAGAGAAGAAGAAUGCAGAGCAUCAAUGAUGCCUUCGAGGGCCUCAGAGCUCACAUACCCACACUGCCGUACGAGAAACGACUGUCUAAGGUGGACACACUGAAGCUGGCCAUAGGCUACAUAAACUUCCUGAGUGAGCUGGUCAGGGCUGACCGAGGUCUUGGCGACAAGGGCGCUCCUCUCGGACGACCCCGGAACUGCAGGGACGACGGCAAGAAAGUCAUCGUGAGAGGAGCCUACGGUUCGCCGUACGCCGUCCACUCCCUGUCUUGGCACUCGGACAAGGAAAACAGCGCCAGUGGGGUGAUGUACGCCAAGGUGUGGACCCCUGAGGACCCCAGGGCCAACAAGUCUGGCGGCUCCUUCAGUAUGGACAACUAAACACAGAAAUUGUCCAUACAUCCUCAGAGACGAUCUCGCGACUUUUACUACUUGUUCAGUAGUUUUUCCACAUCACAAAUUUUUAUUUAGACGUCGGGAUGCCCUAAUUUCUACCUUGAAGAGACGUAACGUGUGUAUAUUGUCCUACUCUACGAUUAAUUCUUGUUUUCCUUCAUCCUCCACGCUUUCUUGGUUAUUGGUUACAGCCCUUAAUCUUCAAAGCGAAGAUUUAUCUUAGUUAUACUUUAAAUUUCCACUCCAUACGUGUAUACAUGCACACUAAACCUUCUUAACUCAGUAUCUAUACAUACGACAGAGCUUAACCUUCAUUAAGUUAUUCAUUAUUCACUCUUAAAAACACUGAACCACAAUGAAUAGGUAGGAGAAUAAAAGUCGUACUUUUUCAAUGUGAUUAGUUUUUCGUAUGCUGAAAAUGUACAUUAUAAUUUCAUUGCGUUUAGGUUGAUGUAGAAAAACCUAACACACAACCACAUCAUUCUGUUUUGUUAAACUUGUAUUGUUAUCUAGUCAAAUCUAGUCCACGAAAACAACAAAGGCUUUACUAAACCAUUGAAUCCUAUCUAUUACUGUAUCUCUAUUGUAUAUAAUAUAAUAUAAGAAUGUAUCGUGCUGUGAUCUUAGCUGCAAUUCUUUUCUAUUAUGAAAUGUUUAUAUGACUACUGUAUAACAAAUCAACAAAUGUAUUUAGUACUUUAUUCAUCAACUAAUAACUAAAUUGGAGUCGAACUUUCAAACAUUGCCUUAGUUUGUACAAAUAAGUCAAUAAGUUAAAAUUCCGUGAAUACUGGGUAAUUUAUUAUUUAUAUGUAUUUA